UAAAUAGCUGGUACUAUUUGAUAAUUUAUACAUUCAGCAUCAAAGUCCAAAUCAACUAUUUAAUAAUUUAAACAUUCAGCAUCAAAGUCCAAAUCAAGGUCUUCCCACUUACUACACGACUUGAGAUGAUAAUUUUUCCUAAAGCUUGAGGCUCUCAAUGGACAAAAAAAAAUUACACGCUAUGUUUUGAAUUCUGAUAUCAAUAAUUUAAUAAUUUUCUACUAUUAAUAACCUGUUUCUUUCCCAGUUGUGCCUAAAAACUCCACAAAAAGCUGUUUUCCAUUGCCCCAUCACCAUAGGCCACGUAAAACUGCAAAAUCAUAUUGAAUUUUAUUUAAUUUUUUACAUAACAUAAUACAGUUUUUGACUCUAUAUAAAUAAGCAAUAGAGUAGUGUUCUAUAACCACCUCCCGUUACUGCGCAAUACCUACAAAUAUGCUAUCAAAUACCUUGGAUCCAACACCACCACCAGAACAUAAACGCCAUGUCGUUUUGGUCCCGUUCAUGUCCAAAAGCCACACCAUCACACUCCUCCACCUGGCCCGCCUCUUGCUCAAACGACACCUCUCGGUCACCAUCUUCACCACUCGGGCCAACCGACCUUUCAUCGUUGACACUCUCGCCGACACUUCCGCCUCCAUAGUUGACCUUCCUUUCCCAGAAAACAUCCCCGACAUCCCCCCCGGCAUCGAAAGCACUGACAAAAUCCCUUCCAUGUCGCUCUUCUAUUCCUUCGUCACAUCCACCAAACGCAUGCAACCGGACUUCGAACGAGCUUUACAGUCUCUUCUUCCACAUGUUAGUUUCAUGGUCUCCGAUGGCUUCCUCUGGUGGACACUCGAGUCUGCUUCUAAGUUCGGUAUCCCAAGGUUAGUCUCCUACGGUAUGUGCGCUUAUGCUAAUUCCGUGUGCAUAGCUGCGCAUCAGGAUCGCCUUCUCCAUGGACCCAAGUCGGACACCGAGUUGAUCACCGUGACUCGCUUUCCAUGGAUUCAAAUCACCAGAAAUGACUUCGACCCUCCGUUUACAGACCCUGAGCCGGACCCUGUCGUUUCCGAGUUCCACAUGAACUGUGCAAUAGCAACGAUGAGUAGCUUUGGCACGAUUUUCAACAGCUUCUACGAGCUUGAGCCUGUGUUUGUUGACUUUAGCAACCAGCUGGACGGUCAGCGUGAGAGUGAGACCAAGGCCUGGUGCGUUGGGCCUCUUUGCUUGGCCGACCCAGUACCGAGAUUUCAACAAAGCCCAAGUAACAAGCCCGCGUGGUUUCAGUGGCUAGACCAAAAACGAGAACAGGGUCGCUCUGUUUUGUACGUGGCGUUCGGAUCACAGGCUGAGAUUUCAACGGAACAAAUCGGAGAAAUAGCAAUGGGAUUAGAAGAAUCAAAGGUGAAUUUCUUAUGGGUGAUAAGGAAAAGAGAGUCAGAGCUAUCAGAUGGGUUCGAAGAGAGAGUGAAAGGUAGAGGAAUAGUGGUGAGAGAUUGGGUUGAACAGAGGAAGAUACUGAUGCAUGAGAGCGUACAGGGAUUUCUAAGCCACUGCGGAUGGAAUUCGGUGUUGGAGAGCAUAUGUGCUGGGGUUCCGAUUCUUGCGUGGCCCAUGAUGGCAGAGCAACCAUUGAAUGCAAGAAUGGUGGUGGAGGAGAUCAAGGUGGGAUUGAGGGUGGAGACAUGUGAUGGAUCGGUGAGAGGGUUCGUCAAGUGGGAAGGUCUAAAGAAGAUGGUGAAGGAGUUAAUGGAGGGGGAACUGGGGAAGGAAGUGAGGAAGAAGGUGAAGGAGGUUGCAGAAAUGGCAAGGAAGGCUAUGGAGGAUGGUGGGUCAUCAUGGCGUGCGUUGGAUAGCCUUAUUGAUAAGAUUUGCAAUUGCAAACAAUGACAAAAACGGUCGCUGUCUUUUCUUUUAAUAUAUGUCUGUUUUGCAUCAACAAUGCGCAUGAAAUAUUAGAUAGAUAAUGUUUAUGCCUUGACCGUCCAGUUUAUUAAUAUGCUAGUUUAUUGAUAAUAUUCUAUAAUAUUUUUCCUCUAA